AUGAACGUAGUCGGCGGACGUUUGAAACAGCCGAACCGGAAGUUAGAGGACGAUAGCGAUCAUCCCAGACUGAAGCGGAACCGAGCGCAGGAGCAGCGUCGAACGACGGUGACCGUGUGGCCGGAUCAGCGGAACGGACGGCUGCGUGAUCAUCGUCCACGCGCCGGUUGCACCGGUACUAACGGCGAGCGUGGUCGAGCAGCCGGCGGCGUGGGGGGCGCGUCAAGCAAGUGCAGCUGGUGGUGCUGCUGCUGCCGAAGCUGCCGCCGCCGCCGCCUUCGCCACAGCCGCCAGGCAGCCGCCGCCGCCGCUGUCGACGACGCUGCAGCAGCAGCAUCCGAAGCCAGCGACGACCAGCAGCAACAGCAACAACAAAGCGGUAACCACCACAGGACGGAAACUACAGCGGUAUUGGUAAUAACGUCGCCGUCUUUAUUCACCAUAUCAGCGCCGGGACGAGUCGAGGUCGCCGCUGUCACCCUGUCGUCGUCGACCGGAUGCCAAGUGCAGUCGUCGCCGUGUUCCGUCAUCGUAGACGCCGACCGGAAGUCGUCGUCCACCCCGCACGCCGUUCCAGUCGCUGGCGAUCUAAACCAACAGCAACAACAGCCGCCGCACAUCGUCGCUGCCGCCACAUCGGGAGCAAAACAGCAGUUGCAGCAGCAACAGUUGCACGACAUCAAGGAGGAAGAGGACGACGAUCAGCCGACUUCGUCCGCGGACGGCGACCGUUCGCUGACGGUCCGCGAGACAGCUGGUUGCCAGUCUCCGACGUCGUCGUCUGGUGGUAUCCCAUCGGCGACGACCACGACCUGGCCCAGGGCGGCAGCGACUACGGCGGUGGUGUUGGCGCACCACCAACACCAACAGCAGCCGCAGUCAGCUCAGUCGCAGUCGUCGUCGUCGUCGGCGCCCACCGCCGACCGGAAACGCAAAAAGAACUUGCGCACUAAGAGCGUGACGAACGCCGUUAGUUUGGACGUGUCCGGAAACGGUGGUUCGGGUAUCCAGGAACGUGCCACCAGCAAUACGCCAUCUUAUACCCACGACAGCAGCAACGACAAUAGUCAAGCGCCCGGCCCUGCAGCAGCAGUAGCAGCAGCUAUAGCGGCGGCGGCAGCCGAAACCGCUGCCGCUUCCACCGCAACGGUCGCGGCCAAGAUGCAAGCGGAACAGGGCAGCAUUGGCGACCUGCAGAAGUAUCACAAAUUCCUCCGAAACCGCAGGCAUACAUUAGCAAACGUCCGUUUCGAUGUGGAAAAUGGAGCUGGAACUAGUCCUGGUAGAUCACCGCUGGAUGGUGGAGGCACAUCCCCGUCAGCUGGUCUGGUGCUUCAAAAUUUGCCACAACGUCGGGAAUCAUUCCUGUACAGGUCUGACUCAGAUUUCGAAGUUUCGCCAAAGUCUAUGUCCAGGAACUCAUCUAUUGCAAGUGAAAGAUUGAAAGAGACUGAAGCCAUUUUGGAAAGAUCAACCCAUGGUGAAGAUCUCAUCGUUACACCGUUUGCACAAAUACUAGCGAGUCUACGAAGCGUCCGCAAUAACUUCUUAAGUCUCACCAAUGUACCAUCA